AUGCAGGUGAAUGAAGGGCACGCCGAGCCUUGGCUAUUUGCAGCCGUGUACGGCAGUCCUUCCAUGUUGCUUAGAAGAAAACUCUUUUCAGACUUAACUCAUAAUAACAUGAAUAUCCGCGGCCCUUGGCUAACAGCAGGAGAUUUCAAUGCUGCGGUGAACCCGGAGGAGGUGAGUAACCCCGCUAACUGGCAGCAAGCUCGUUGUGCAGAUUUCAUGGACUGGAUCUUCCAGGAAGGUCUCAUGGACCUAGGCUUCACAGGCUCUAAAUUCACUUGGAUGAGGGGUGUGAACCAAGUCUCUUUCAAAGCAGCUAGAUUAGACCGCGGAUUGGAAAAUCAGGCUUGGGAUAUAUCAAUAAGUCUGGAAGAUAACAAGGCCAAUCUAGCCCAUGUUUUGACAAACUGGAAUAAAGAAAUCUUUGGCAGAAUUUCCCAGAACAAGAAACGCAUUUUGGCUCGUUUAGGUGGGGUUCAACGUUGUUUAGCAAAUCGCCCUUCACCGGGCCUCUUGAAGCUAGACCAAAAGCUUAGGAUUGAGCUGGAAAUUUCGCUGCACCAAGAAGAACUACUUUGGUUCCAGAAAUCCAGGGAGGAAUGGAUUGUCUCCGUGACCGCAACACCCACUUUUACCACCUAG